UUCACGAGAUAUUGUGUUCCAUGAAUUUAUUUUGUCAUUUACACAACUUGAUGAUCAAUUGACACAGUCAGUACCUCCUUCUCUAAUACCUCCACCAGCACCAUCUAUUUUCGUUCCUUAAUCAUUAUCAAAGGUUAUUUCUCCUUCUCAUUAUUUUCUCUCUCUGAGCCUCAUCAAUCCUCUGAUGAGGGGGCGAGAUAUUUGGUGCAUUUAUGAACUUAAUGACUAGCUGAAUAUCUAAGCCUUCUCAGUCCUCCUAGAACUAGAAUUAGAGACUCGAGCUGAAUAUGAGGUUGAGAGGCUCUACCACGAAGACCUACCAGACAUCAUCAAUUGUCCACAAGAUCAACGAUAUUUGAUGCAUUUAUAAACUUAAUGACUUGCUAUCCUAUAUUUCUUAAUAUUGAUGAUAGAUUGUAUACAUUGAGUGUUCGUGCAUAGAUGGAACCUACUUCAUGUCAUGACGCAAUCAAGCCUCUUGAGUGGAAUAGAGCUAUGAUGGAGGAGCCGAGAGCCUUAGUGGAAAACCAGACUUGAGAGAUAAUGCCAGUUCCUGAUUGGCAAGACUAGUGGCAAAAGCGUUUACACAAACCUAUGGGAUAAAAUUUUUGGAUACAUUAUCACCACUAGCUAAGAUAAACAUAGUUAAGGUUCUAUUACUAUAGCUGCAGUGGAGAAUUGAAGCUUAAAGCAGAUGGAUAUAUCAAAUGCAUUCUUACAUGGAGAUUUGUGAGAAGAAAUUUACAUGCAUAUACCUUUGGGAGUUGAGCUACCACCAUCAAGCUGUGGUAGAAUAGCAUGCAUGCUUAAGAAUACUAGAUUCCCUGCCUCCACUCCGAACCUAUAGGAGAUGCGAAAGAAUCAAUUCACCCAUCUCAAGACCUUAUAGCUGACGCUACAAAGGCUAAUUGGUCGAAAUUGGCUCAUUGAUGUGCUUCAGAUUUGGGAAUAAAUGGCAUGAGGGUCCCAUUAAUACUUCUGACAAGGUCUGGGUUCAAAAAUCAUGAAGGUACAAACUUAUAGAAGUGAGUUGCAAUCAACUCCCAGCGUCUUUGGUAGAAUAGGGCAUGGUAAGCAUCCUUCCUUAGUGCUUUCAUCUCCUUCAUGUUAGAGAACAAAUCUUUCACUUCCAGCAUCAGAGGAUGUGGGUUAAUGGCCUUGAGCGCCACUUCAUUGGAUUUCGAGAAGUCAGCAGCCACAUCAAAGUUUAUUUUAGUUUAUAUUAAAAUUUUCUGUAUUUUUUCAGAUUUGUUUACAGGUUGUUUCGUAUUUCUUCAAAAAAUUCACUUUUGUAUCUAUAAUUGGUUAAAUUCGUCCAUUUUAUUUUAUUAUAUUAAGCAGUAUUUGAAUUUGUGAAUUAUGGAAUUGGUAAAUAUAUUAUGUAUGAAACACAUGGUUUUAUCAUGAGUUUAGAAGAGAUAAAUUAUUAUUUUUGUGAUUUUGAAACAAUUUUAAGUGGGUUAUGUAUUAAAAAAUUUGUGAACUCUUUGUACGUGUUUAAAAAUUUCUCAAAUAUUUUCCCAUACUGCAGGUGAAGUGGAUUCUACGGCUUUGGAAGUGCGAGAAAGCCUGCAUCCUUUGCGUUGACGCUUCUAUCUCCUCCUGCAUUGGUUGAGCUUCUUUCAUGAGCCUAUUUGCAUGUGGCUCCUUCGUUUGUUUGUUCUGCAGGUGCAUGGUGGAGUGUUUCUAUCGGUCGCGUAUCACCCUACAUUAUUGGUGCAAGAUUUGCUUCUUUGCCUCACUUUCAAGUAUGGUUGGUUUCGUGAUUUUUACCUACAUAGGGUAGAAGUCGUGGAUAUUGCCUAUGUCAUGUAGGUCUCCAAGAGCUGUCCGUUUUGUGGUAAAAAAAGCUCUCUUAUUGAUGAUUCAGCUAAUUGUCGAUCAUGCCCUUUCUCUUAUGUGAAUUAUUACGAUUGCUUGAAAAGAUUUCUAAUUCGUAUCUAGAUGUUCUGUUUUGGGAUAUUAAGAAAAUAAAUUAAAUUGCUAAGAUUCAACUUUGGCCCGUUGUUUCAGAAAUUAACAUCCUGGUCUCAACUAUGUAACAUAUAGACUCAAUUGGCCCGACACCUAGUUUGACCGUCAAUUUGGAUGGUCAACACCGUUGACCGUUAAUCAACAUGCCAUGUCAUUGCCUCGUCAACCUAAAAAUUAUUUAAAAAAUCAAAAUCAAAUUAUUUUCUUAAUUUAUAUUAUUAAUCAUUUUUAAAUUAACCAAAAAAUAAAAUUUAAAAAAUAUAUAUUUAUUUUUGGGAUAUUUGAAAAUGAUAAUUUUUAUAAAUUAACCAAAAAUUAUCAAAUUAAAUUUUUGAAAUUUACAAAUAUUAUAUAAAUGAUAUAUUUUAUUUUUGUGUAUUGUUAAAUAUAUAACAUAAUUUGAUAAUUUUUUGUUAAUUUAUAAAAUUUAUAAUUUUCAAAUUACACAAAAAUAAAAAAAAUUAUUUUAUGUUUUAUAUAACUUAUAUUUUGUUAAUUUUAUCAUAAAUAAUAAAAAUUAAAAAAUAGUUUGAAUUUGAAUGAUUUUUAGGCUGACGAGACAAUGACAUGGCGUGUUGACUAACGGUCAAUGGUGUUGACCAUCCAAAUUGACGGUCAAACUAAGUGUCGGCGCAAUUGAGUCUAUAUGUUACAUAGUUGAGGCUAAGAUGUUAAUUUCUGAAACCACGAGCCAAAGUUGAUUAUAUGGUCAUAGUUCAGGCCAAAAUAAGGUAUUAACCCAAACUAAAAAGGCAAAAUACACUUGUAUAGCCAAAACUUUCGCGUUUGUGCCAAUAAUAGCCAAGUUUGAAGAAAUACCACCUAUAGCCAGCUUUUAGAGUUGUUCAUGACAAAUAUAGCCAUUUCCGUUAGAUAUUUUAACGGUGAUGACACCGUCAACUUAUUUUACGGUUUGCUUACUAGGCGUCGACUCAGCGGACACGUCAGCGCCAAAUAAGAUGAAAGUGACACUUCAUAUAUUAAAAUUAUUUAAUAUUUACACAUAAUAAAUUAAUAAAAAUAAAUAAAUGUUUUCCUACUUCAUAAUCCUCAUAUACCCUAUCGGCUUUACACGAGAUGUCUCUCCUCCUCUUUCCCCGAUUUAGUUUUUAGGGUUUGCCCCCUGCCUGGCGGCGAUUGAAGCAGUGAUUCCUCCCCAAAUUUGUCGCAAAUCAGAGAAAAUGACGAUUUCUGUUGUCUGACGCCGUUAAUGAGGGUAGCUUGUUGUUCUCACAUCCGCUUGCUGUUAAGCCGAAUUGGAGAGCUCAUCCUUCUCUGGUUAGCUCGAUUUUUUGCGCUUUGGUUUUUGGAAAAAAUCGCAACCAUGAAGAUUCGUUACCAUUCGAUGCUUAUUGCGAUAGCCAUUGGUGCUCUGUUUUAUCUGCUUCGCGUGGCUCUGUUCAAGACUGGGCUGAUUUACCUCCCCCAAAAUGGUGGAGAUUCAUGGAAGAUCGCUUGCAUGUUUAUGAGUACUUCAAGAUCCCGGAAUUCACCGUCGACUUGGAGGAAAAGGAGCUUACAGGAGGGAUACUCUGUACCUGAUUCUCUGGAAUCUAUGCAGGAUUCGGAUUUCACGAAUCUCUUCACCGAGAGGACUUCCAAUGAGAUCGUCCUCCCCUUCGAUCCUAACCAGACAAUCGACGAUUAUUUUCUUGAGCUAGGGUUUCUUGGAUUAACAGCGACGAUGCGACAACGGAGGUAGUGGGACUUUGGUUUUGAAGGCCGGGAAAGCGGUGAGGAAUCACCGCUUCAAUCGACGACAAGGGGAUUUCGAAGAAGAUGAAGAUAAGAACGAUUAUUCUGGUCAAAUGAGGGUUUUUCUAUAUUUUAUGGAAAUUUUUUAAUUAAUCAAUUUUUUUGAAUAGCUAAUUAAUCAUUAAACACGUGGACAAUUACGUAUGAAAUUGGAAAUAAGAGCUCGCCACGUCAGCAUCUUCGUUUUUCCUGUUAGAGUUAAAGGUAACACCGUUAAAGAAUUGAACAAAAGUGGCUAUAAGUG